AACGACGCGCCUGAUUGAGCCAUUUCUAUAAAUAUAGAACAAUUUAUUUUUCACUAAAAACUUUUUUUUUCCUAAUAAAUUUGAACAAAAUUUAUAAGAUAGCAUGGCCGAUCUCGCAAAGCAGGUCUAGACGGUUAGUUGUAAAGAUAGAGUGAUGAUUGCCUACAGCUAUAGGCCAACAAUGUGACAGCUCCCAGCACCUUCCCAGCCCUAUCCGUUCACAUUCUCGCCCCGUCCGUACAUGGCGGCCCAGGAGACGGCCGGGCCGUUCCACUGGCACUACGACGACCUCGACGACAAGAACUUCGCGGUCCACGGCCGCAACUUGGCGCUCCUCCUCACCACCUUUUUCGCCCUCCUCUCCUUCACCACCCUCUGCCUCCUUUUCCGCUGGGCCUGCAACCGCCGCCACCGCACCGCCGCGUCGCUGUCCGACUCCGCAAUGCACCAGCGGGUCGGGCUCGACCCGGAGGCGAUAAAGAAAAUACCCGUGAAGCCGCACCGGGCGACGGCGACCGAAGAGGAGGCGCAGUGCCCGAUAUGCUUGAGCGGGUUGGACGAAGGGGAGAAGGUGAAGGUGCUGCCGAGCUGCGGCCAUUGCUUCCACCCGGAGUGCGUCGACGCGUGGCUCCGGACGCAGUCGAUUUGCCCGCUCUGCAGGGCUUCCCUUGUCGCAGGCUCAGCAGUUGUGCCAGAAACCGUUGUUUAGAGAAAAAAGAGAGGGAGAGAGGUUGAGUUCCAACCAUGUGUGUGUUGUGCUGUGAGGUGGCUUUGGUUUGGUAUGUGGAGCAUUCACUCGCCGAAGAGAAACGCAUGAUCAUAGAUCUGUUUCGUUGCAUUAGAUAUGGGAUCAUGUCAUCAUGGUACUAUGAUAAAUUUAAUGUUGAUUUUCUUGCCAUGCA